AUGGCGAGUUCUGCCGAUGCGGAGGCUCACGUUGACAUCAAAACCAUGUACCCAGGCCUCACAGGGCGCUCCUUACAAGACAAAAUAUGGGAUGAGUGGGUGAUCAACAAAGACUGCGUGGUGACCAGACCCUACUUCGACUCUCGUUAUCCUGGCCAGAAGAUAUUCGAGCGCCACGAGCUCAACGACAGAUACGAGGAAGAUACUUACCAAGACUACGAGGAGGGAAUCAUCAAGGACGGCGUGCUGCGUGGCGUCCGUAGCGAAACCUGGGUGAUUGCAUCGAAUCCAUCCGCUCAAUUCCCUGAGCGCUUGUGGGUAGUGAGCGGUGCCACCCUCAAAGAGGCUGCGUACGGAGCCUUCGAGGAUUCUCCAGACGUUGAGAACGUCAAGCGCACCAUCGAGGGCCAGGUGCGCGAUGUCACGAUCUUCAGGCACGACACGCCGAACAUUGUGAUUUUGUACUUGGUGGACUUAGGGAACCAGCUGGUGGGGAAAGGGUCCAUCGUCAGCCACAUCCAAAAGUAUCGGAAGACCGAAGAGCACAAGAAGAGCUGGGAGUGCUACCGCAAAAAGCACGGAAUAGAAUGGCUGAAUUCGAGACCGACGCCUUUCUUCAAAAAGCUCCUGCCGUUCGACAAAGCAUGCGACUUCUUCGGUGAUGCAAAAGGCGAAGUGUGGGAUCGCUACUUGAAGUUCUGCCAGCGCUCCUGCAAGUUCCUGGCGAUCAAGGAGACUUCUCACGACUCGAUUUUCGUGCUCAACGAUUUCGCGCUUCGGCAGCUGGGGCGCGGGUCGCCAGGGCGCGCGCCGGCGAUCCUGUCCACGCUUAAAUUCAUUGCGCCGAACUCCGACGUCUCCAUCUACAUUGGUGAUGGCACGCAGUCGAGUGGCAUGGAAAAGAUCAAGCGCCUGUUGGAGCCUACCGAGCAGGACUUCAACUCGCUCAAGGAGCUGAGGGGGACUCCUGAGGCGGCGGCUGGCAAUGGAAGUAAGGCGCCUCUCGUGGACUACGCCGCAGACGCGCUGAGGCGCUCGUGCAAGGUCAAAGACACGACGCCGACUGCAGAACAGCUGGAGGCGAUGUGGGACCGCAUUGUCCAGCUCGGCAUCGACGGCAAGGUUUGUCUGGUGAAGACGCCCGACCAUUUCCUCCAGCUCUACCGCGGCGCCGUCGAGGCGAGGCCAGGGAAAUCGAAGCAAUUGAAGGGGAAGGGCACUGAGCAGCAGUACGAGGUAAACGCCGAAGUCCUCGAGGUUGACUUGGAAGAUGCUACUGGCGCAGGCGUUAGCGUCCGAGUGUUCAAGAAGAUCGGCCCGUUGGUUUCCUACAUGGUCGGCUGCGCCGCGAAGGCCAACAAGACAGGCAGAGGCCGCGCUGGCAGGGGCAAGAGCAAGACGGGCCACGACGAUGAUGGUGAUGAUGAUUCACCUGCAGUGGCAGCUGACGAAUUGCCGCGGCAGCGGACUCUGCGCGAGAACCCAGAGUUCGUGAACCAGGUCAUUGACUUUACGAAGAAGAAUCCGUUCACGUACUCCUCCCAUGCGGCGGAAAUGAAGUUGACUCCUAGGACGAAUGCCGUGGUGAAGGAUGCGGUGACUUGCCUCUGGAAUCUGCAGGAGGAUCUUGGUCUGCAGUGGACGUCCGAGCGCAAUGGCGUUGCUGAGGCGUUGCGCUUGGUCGUCAAGUCCGUGUUGGCGCAAGUGAAUUUCGGCUACCCGUCGGACACGAUGUGCUUUGCGAGCGCCAUCGCGGAUGCGGACUCCAAGUUCUGGUCGCCUCCUGAGUCUGCCGAUGAUGCGCCGCCGGCUACGCUGAAGACGAUUUGGGACACUCCUUCCAAAGUCAAGCAGUUCAUGGGCCACAGGGCCACGCAGAUCGCGUGCAUCCUCAUGGAGGUGUCGGACAUUCUCAAGACGGAAGGCAAGAGCGCAUCUGGUCACGACGCCGCUGUCGCUGAGAAACUGGACUGUUUGCUGAAGUACGUCAGUAGGCACUCGUCCGUGCUUGCAGCCCUGGCUCAGUCCGACUCGAAGUUCCUGGCGUGCGACGAGGCCGAGAUGGAUGCUUGGAUUCUGCGCUGGGCUGGCGCGAUCGCGAGUUUCUCGAAUCCUGAGUUCGAGAAAGGGCUGGCGCCCAAGGACGCUGGCUUGCUCAGGAUGCAGGCCAACCUUCUCAGCAUUACUGACCUCAGAGCAAAGCUCGGCAAGAAGCUGAGAAACACGAAGGGCGAGGGCGCCUCUGACAAGCCCCAGUUGAUCAAGGAGUUCGUCCAGCUGGAGCAGGACAGGUCACCGUCGCCACAACGAGUAUUCGACCUCCUGAAGUCUGUCGCCCAACUGGACUGUUCCACCAAGGCGCUGGUGGCCAAGAUCCAGAGCAUGAAGGAGUACCCCAACCACGUCCACCUGGCGUCUCCCAACUUCGUCGGUCACAUCUUGUCUACGGCCGUGGAGUCGGCAUGCUACUCCGAGAUCGCCGAGAGCGCCCUAUCGUCAGCGGGUGCCCUUCUGAAGCAGAAGGAGGUCAAAAGCGGCAAGGUUUUCAUCGACUUCGAGGCCAACCAGGGCAACGUCCGACUUGCUUUCCCAGGACUGGGGGAGAAGACCAUUGCGGCGCAGACCGUCGCAUCCAAAGGCUUCUUACUCGGCAAGAUCGAAAUGGAGAACGGCAGCGUCUAUGCUGUGUCAGUGCAUCGGCCGAAGGUUGCAGUUCCUCCAGCUUGGGACGUUCGCGAGGUUACCUCGUCGACGCCGACGCUGGUGUUCGGCGACGGGGUCGACGUGAGCGAAAAGGUCAAGAAGGUGCUCGAAGUGAUUUUCAGGCCGGCUGCGACUUCCAAUGUCUUGAUCAAGGUGCCAGACCUGAAGAAGAACGGCAGCUUUGAAUUCACUGCAGAGAAUUACGUGUCGGAGGCAACGCGGCCUCCGCUCGUGACCGCCAGCGCUGCCGAGCCCCCAGCAACUCUUGCUCCGCUGGAGGACGGCGGCAGCGGGGAGCCCGCGGCCAAGAAGGCCCGCUUGGACGGCGACGGCGCCCCCGAGGGGCCCGAUGGUGAGCCGCUCUCGCGCGGGGAGCUGUGGGAGAAGAUCAAGGCGAGGAGUAUCCUGAUCAAGGCGCUUCAGAAGGGGAGGUGCCGCCUCGAGGAUCGCCUCAUCAAGAAGGCUGCAUCGCUCGUACUUCUCAGGCGGUCUAACGUAGAGCUCAAGAAGGAAAAUCGCAAGCUCCAGAAAGAAAACCUGAAGCUCCAGAAGCAGCAGCGCCGCACCUGA